AAAAACAAACAUUCUUAUCACUAAAGUGGCUGCGAUUUUCUUGCUUAUCUUUGAUUUUUCUAUUGUUUUCCAAAGUAAACGAACAUAUUACGGUAAUUCGAUGUGGAAAACGAAUGGCAACUGUUUAAGAUGUUGAUGAUUGAGUAGCGAGUGGUGUUUCAAGUGUUUUAUACGAUCGAGCCGCAAUCAUGUUGUCGUCCUUCACGGAGGGGCCCCGCUUCGGAGCCCUAGGUACAAGCCUUCCGACAAGUGGAGGCGUACCGAACGUCGUCGGAGGAGUCGAAGCCGUUAGCUGCCUAUCCCGUCGCAGUGCUUGGGUGCGGGAGUAUCGCGAUCUGCAAGCGAAUGUCAUGUCGGUCGAUUGGAGCGGCUCGUGGAUCUUGCUGGCCGGGAGACGCCAGUUGGCGCUACAAUCGAUAAAGGAUUACGAGUUGCACGAUUCGCCGGUGAUGCUGAGCCGGGAGGACGGCAAUGGAGGUAGCCCCGGGGGGUUGAGCAAAUUUCCACGGCCUUGGAAGUACGAGGUUUCGGCGGCGGAGUGGGCUAUCUGUAAGGACAGCCAGGAGUAUUGUGCCAUUGCGACGAGUCAGACGAUUGAGGUGCUGACCUGGGAGUCGGGGAAGCCGACGAUCAAGCACUCGCUGAGGGCACACACCCGGAUGAUUACGGACAUUGACUGGCACUCGAAGAUUCCACACUUGCUGGCGAGUUGUUCUAUCGAUACGUUUACGCAUCUGUGGGAUUUGAGGGAUCCGAGGAAACCGGUGCUGUCGCUGAAUGCGGUUUGUAUGUCCGGAGCCAGUCAGGUGGGCUUCAACAGGGUGUCCGGGAACUUGGUUGCGACGGCCCAUGAUGGAGAUUUGAGGAUUUGGGACCAACGGAAGGGUUCGUGUCCCAUUCAGUACAUAACGGCGCAUUUGUCCAGGAUCCACGGGAUUAACUGGAGUCACGAUCACGAAACCAGCUUGUCGACGGCCAGUCAAGACGGAACAGUGAAAUACUUCGACAUAAAUAAUCCUAGAAGGGCAGAGAAGAUCAUUACGACAUCCAGCCCGGUUUGGAGGGCUCGUUAUACUCCGUUUGCGGAUGGAUUGGUCACAAUCAGCGUUCCCCACCAGGGCCGUGGCGAGAACAGUUUGCUGAUGUGGAACAACUCCCGGCAGGAUGCUCCCAUUUGUUCCCUUAUAGGCCACACAGAUGUGGUGCUGGAUUUUGCCUGGCGCCGAACAAGCCUGACUGGAACCGAUCCAGAGCUGAUCACUUGGUCCAGAGACCAAACGAUGCGCAUUUGGCGCAUUGACGAGGAAAUCCGGAAGCUUUGUGAACGCUAUCCACCAGAGGAUGACGACGGUCUGAUAAUAGAGGAAAGUGGUAAUUUGUCCAGAGUCAAUUCCGGAAACAAUCUCAAGAGUCCAACGCGAGAGAAACAACCUUCGGUUUCACUUCAGCACGAAUUCUCCCUCCUAAACCCAAACAUCCCACACAUAGACAUCGAAGUCCUUGAUCCGGUGAAAAGAACCGCUACGGUACGAAUCUCGGUCAACGGAUACGUCAUCAUGCUUCAGGUGAACUUCCCCGUCCAGUACCCAAACAACGGAAUCGGCCCGGAAUUCACCUACUGCCAGGGAACCUCGAUCGACGACAGCCUAUCCGUGGCGCUGAUGAGGGUUCUCCGUUCGACCGCAACUCAACGCGUCCGGAAAGGCCGAACCUGUCUGGAACAGUGCCUUCGAGCGUUGGUCACCCAGCUGAAAAAGUCCUCCUCCAACGGAGACAAACAUCUGCGGUUGCAAUCGCCCCGGCUGGAAGGUGCCCUCAGCAGUGCCCUGCAUGACGCUUGUAUCCCGUUCCCAAAAACUUCCGGUGCCCGGUUCAGUCAGGUCGGAAUACUGGUGACCUUUUCGCGGCCGCUCAAUACCAAACGGAUCAGCCUGAAGCAUCAGAACACAACGCCCAGGGCUCUGUCGGCGCUCAGCGGAGGCUAUCUGGGGAACGUGAUGGGAUCGCAACCGAUUCUGUAUGCACAUCGCGAUCCGAGUGCUUCGUCGUUCUAUGUUCACGAUAGGCAAAAAACCUCCCGAAACCGUGGAACCCAACCGAAGGUUUGUGUCGCAACGGUAAACGUUUACGACGUUUCGAAAAUAUUGUACGUCAGCAAAGAACUAGCUGAAAACUACAUAAUCAACACAACGAAUGUUGCAGAAAUGUGCCGCCACAACAAGGAAGUGGCGGAAAAGUACGGCCGACCCGACCUGGUUCAAUGUUGGUCGCUGGCCGAAAUGAUCGCACAACCCAACACCGACUUCGACGCGGAUGACGACAUGCUGUGUUCGCAGAAUCCUUUCGCCAAGAGUUUGCUAGAGUCACUGAUCAGUCACUUUGCAAAAAUCUACGACAUCCAGACGGCGGCCAUGCUGUGCUGCGCCUUCGGACGGCACUGUCCAUCGCUGUACGAGCUGUCGCGUAGUUCCAGCUCCAGUAGCAAAUCCGUCAACCAAAGCCACUUUCUUAGUGGUCUGCGCAAAAUCAAGCCAAGUGGAUCGCCCUACCACACGAUCCUGCCGGUGGAUAGUGGUGCCAACUCUAGCAACGUGUGGAACCUGGCCCAGCAGUUGAAGCACCUGCGCAGUAACUCGUGGUCGGAUUCGUUGGACGACUGUCGCAUAGCCGGAAUUGGAGAUCCGAUCAACCGGAGUCUGCUGGGCGAUAGCAAUCGCUACCUGUACGAUAAUUUCAAACGUGCCUACGCGGAAAUGCUGUACCGCUGGGGUCUGCUGGUGACCCGAACCAAGAUCUUAAAGUAUCUGUCCAGCUACGUGGAUCCGCCGCGGUGUGUGGAGUUUGUGACGGAGUGUCCUCUGUGCUGUCGGAUCGGAUCACCGGCUUGUUCCACGUGCAAGAAACCGGUGCUGUACUGUACGCUCUGUAGGCUUCCGGUACGUGGUGCUGCCAACGCGUGCCUUCACUGUGGCCACGGGGGCCAUACCGAGCAUAUGCGGAUAUGGUUCGACAAGUACGACGAGUGUGCCACGGGCUGUGGGUGCCAUUGUUUGCAGAAAAGUUCAGCGCUGUGUAACUUGAACUGAGGUAAGAGCUUUACUGCCCCUAUUCGCAUAACAGUCCCAUGUUUGCUGGAUUUCCUAUUCACAUGGGACUGUUGUGCGAAUGGGGGUAGUUUAGGUAUGUAUAUCUAUUAGCCUUUUUGUUGAAUAUAGAUUUUUAUCUACA